AUGGGACCAUCCAACAAUAAAUCCCUCGCUUUUCGGCGAUCUCUCACCAUUUCUCCAGAUGACUUACCCAGAACGAAACAAUCGUUAAAAUCCAAGAUAUCCUCUAUGUCCCUUUUGUCUAUCACCUCCACCCUGAAACCAACUUCUAGUGUCGAUGAAGGGCAUAAGAUCAAGGCCUCUACGGAAACUAUCAACUCUAUCGAACGCACGCUCACUCCCAUGCCACCUCCAGCAUCAUUCUCUACCGUCGGCCCAACCCACGAUGUAUUAGGUAGACUGGUCUUUGUUCCUUCCCUGCCUCCUCCUGAGAGAGUCGAAUGGGCCAAAUACUUUCCUGGGGGAUACAAUAGCGCUCUUCAAAUUCCUUUGAAGGGUAAGAAAAUGAUGUAUGCCAUUCAGGCUAUAGGUGGUUUGGCAAUUUUAUUCUACGGAUACGAUCAAGGUGUCAUGUCGGGUGUGGUAAUCAAUACCCAAUUCAAAGAACUUAUGGGUGUCAAUUCCUCACCUCAGAGUCAGAGGGAUUCAGCAGCGAUAGGAGGAAUAGUAGCUAUCUAUUACCUCGGAUCAAUGGUUGGUGGUUUGGUAGGUGGAUACCUGGGAGAUAAGAUAGGUAGAGUGAAAACUGUCAUUUUUGGUUGUCUGAUUGGAAUCAUCGGUGCUACACUCCAAACUUCCACCAUGUCUUUCACAUGGAUGUGUCUUGCGAGAAUAGUCAGUGGGUUUGGAACGGGACAUUUGAAUGCGAUUAUACCUGUUUGGAGUAGUGAGGUCGCCGAUCAUAAUGCCCGAGGAUCAAUAUUGGCUUUUGAGUUCUUCUUGAAUAUUGGAGGUUUAGCUUUCGCUUACUGGCUGGAGUUCGUACUCAAGUAUACUUCCCAUAGAUCACAAUCGUUCAUCUGGCGAUUUCCUCUCGCAUUCCAACUUGUAUUCCUUCUCAUCCUCAUAGGUCUAUUCUCAUUCUUCCCCGAAUCCCCAAGAUGGUUAGCGAAAGUAGGUAGAGAGGACGAAGCGAGGCAGGUUCUGGCGGUAUUACGGACGGAAAAUGGGGAUCUGGAUGACGAUAACGUAAACCAAGAAAUGUAUUCGAUCAUGGAAGUUGUCGAUGUCGAGCGAAAGAUGGGAUCUUCAAAUAACUACACCGCGAUGAUCUUCGGAUCGUUCAAAGACAAGGACAAAGGAGAAACUUUACACUUACCAAGAAGAACCUGGUUGGUAAUUGGCUUGCAGAUUUGGCAAGAAUUGACUGGAAUUGGUGUUGUUACCGUUUAUGCACCUACCGUGUUUCAAUCUGCGUCCUAUACUGCUUAUAAGGCUGAUUGGUUGAGUGGCGUGAAUAACAUUUUCUAUAUGUUCUCGGUGCUUGUGGCAGUGUUUACUCUGGAUAGAGUGGGAAGGCGAGUCACCUUGUAUUGGGGAGCAAUUAUCAUGGCAAUAUGUCUCGCACUCUGCACAGUUGGUGCUAGGUAUGCGAUCCGAACAGAGGGUAAAGAACAAGCCGCUUGGGGUGCAGUCGUGGCUGCCUUCACAUUUAUCUAUACUUCCACUUUCGGUGCUUCAUGGCUUACUGUUCCGUGGUUGUAUCCUACUGAGAUCUUCCCCUUGUUCGUUAGAGCUAAAGGCGGUGCAGUCAGUGUAGUUGGCUGGUCUAUAGGUAAUGGUGUGGUGACUGAGAUUACUCCAUUCUUGUUCAAUGCCAUUGGCGAAUGGACAUUCCUGCUUUUCUCAUUGCUUAACGUCCUGGCUAUCCCAUGGAUAUACUUCCUCUAUCCGGAAACUGCUGGUCGAUCGCUUGAGCAGAUGGACAUUCUUUUCGCUCAAGAAUCGAUAUUCGUACAUCGCCAGCAGAAGAUGCUUGAAAGCUUGGAAAAGGCCAAUCCGGAGGUAUAUCACUCGAUGGAGACUGGUAAAGCUCAAGCCGCCCAGCACGUUGAGAUUAAGCAGGAAAAAGUUGUUGUCAUCGACUCGGUCCCUGGUGAAGAAAGGCACUAA